UUGCCACUCUUUGAAUCUCUCUCUCUCUCUCGGGACACAUUCCGCCGGUCGAGGACGGAAAACCGCAGUCUGGAAACCGCUGACGGGCGGCCGGAAUCCCACCUGAGAAACCUUUUCGCUCCAGAGCCUCCAGGAACCACGUGCUCGAAGCGGUUUCUCCGGAAGCUUGGCUGGAAGGCUCUUCGAGUUGCGGGUUAGAGUGGGAACGAGGUGAUCGAGCUGGUCUUUGGCUGGUCGCUGGCGGAGGAGCGGUCGGGUGGCGUGUACCGUGCGAGACUCGCCCGAUCGUCUCAUUCUCGCCGUUUUAGGCACCUUCUUUUACCGUCUCCGGGUGUUUUGGGCGGUUGACAUGGACGAUGAUCAGCACGGAUGAGCCCUGGGUAAAAGGUCGAGUUUUGAGGAAGUGAAAAGGCUUUUCCCGUCCGAUUUUCAAUUUUUGAGAAUAUAGUUGCUUUUUAAAGCCAUAAGGCGAGGAUGGUUGUUAAAGCACGUCAAGGUGCUAACGAUUCUGCCAAAGCAGAGGUUGGCGAGAUCGACACCAGUGCCCCUUUUGAAUCCGUUAAAGCUGCUGUCACCUUGUUUGGUGAAGGAGCACUUCCUGCAGAGAAGCUCACCGAAAAGAAACUCAAACCACCUCAUCUCGAGAAAAGAGUUUCAAAGGAGAAGCAGCUUCACUUGGCACAGAAGGAACUGAACAAAUAUAAAGAACAGCUACAGAGUGCGGAAACCACAAAGGCCCAGGCCCUUGAUGAACUAGAGAAGGCAAGGAAAGCUAUCAGCGAUCUGACUGGCAAGCUAAAUUGCAUAAAUGAGUCCAAAGAAUCUGCUACCAAGGCAACCGAAGCAUGUAGGCUUCAAGCCAAAGAACUUGAAGCUGCAAAUUCUGGACAUCCUUUGAGCAAUGGAACUUCAACACAAGCUGCCUUGGAGGACGCACGAGAACGGUAUUCAAGUGUAAUUGCUGAGCUAGAUGGAGCUAAGCAGGAGCUGAGAAGAAUGCGGCAAGAAUUUUCUGCAUCAAUGGAUGCCAGGGCUUGUGCUAUUCAGCAGGCAAUGGACGCAGCUCAAGCCAUUCAAACCAAUACAGAUCUCGCCCAUGCACUCACGAAGGAGAUUACUGCUGCUAAUGAUUCGCUUGCCCGUGUCAAGCAUGCCCAUUUGCAAGCCGUGGAGGAACAUACUAAUAUCAUGAAAUCUGCCGAGGAAUGCUCAUCUGAUCCAGCCAUUGAACAAAAGCAUAAGAAACUCGAAGCAUUGCAGAAGGAGCUUCUAUCUGAAACUGCAGAUGACCUUGAAGCCAAAUUGACUGCAAAAAUGGCUGAAGUAGGAAUGCUGCAGAAGCAGCUCGCUUCAGUCAAAGCUUCUCAAUUAGAUUCUUUGGCAAACAUCACCGCCGAUCUAACUGAAGCAAAGGGAGUCCUCUACAAAGUUGCAGAAGAAGAACAAGCUCAGAGAAAUUUGCUGGAAUCAUUGAAGGCAGAACUCGAGAAUGUCAGAAAGGAGCACAAAGAGUUGGAGGCAAAAGAGGCAGAAGCUGAAAAUAUUGCUGCAGAACUACACCUCAAGCUUCAAAGUGCUCGGGCCGAGCUUGAUGCAGCACUUUCUUCUGAAGCCAAAGGAAAGGGUGCUUCUGAUGAACUUUUGUCAACCCUUGAGCAGCUAUCUUUGGAGACCAAAGAGGCGAAGGCAGAGGCAGAUCAAAUGAGGCUAGAAGCUGAAGACCUGAAAGUGGAGGCAGAGAGUAUGAGAUUGGCACUUGAGGAAGCAGAGAAGCGGCUGAGGGUUGCCUUGAGGGAGGCGGAAGAAGCCAAAGCAGCUGAAGCGAGUGCACUUGAUCAGAUCAACCUAUUGUCUGAGAAGACAAAGGCUGCCCGCGCGUCAACGUCAGAGCACGGAGCUAACAUCACAAUAUCGAAGGAGGAAUAUGACUCUUUGAACGGGAAGGUAAACGAUGCGGACAGUCUGGCUGGGAUGAAAGUUGCUGCAGCCUUGGCACAAGUGGAAGCCGUGAAAGCUAGUGAGAAGGAGGCAUUGCAGAAGCUGGAAUCGAUCAGGAAGGAAAUGGAAGACACCGAGGUGGCAACAAAUGAAGCUAUCAGAAGAGCGCAGAUGGCAGACGCUGCAAGGAAAGCGGUUGAAGGGGAGCUGAAGAGGUGGCGAGAACGUGAACAGAAGAAGUGGGCUGCUGCAGAAUUGCCCCCUCAGGCGCCAGUGAUCCAAAAUAAGCCAGACGAUGUGAGCAAGGUUUUGGCUGCGGCGCCAGCUCCAGGGGCCACCGCGAAAGUUCGCUGGUCUGAAAAAACAGUGAGCAGCAAUAACCGGAAAAUAGAGCGGUCGUCGACCUUGAAAAAGAUAACGCUCUCAAGCUUCAGCGGUAUUUUCCACAAGAAGAAAACUCAGGCGGAAGUUGGGAUGCCAUCCUAUCUUCCUGGUGAGAAGGUCAUGUAAGCUGACGUUGCACAUAUGUCCGGCAAUAAUUUGUGUUUCUUUUUUGUGUUCAUAUGCAUUUUGGUGGUGAGCUAUUUACAUGCACGUUUGCUGCUUUUGGGUGUGUAUAAUCUUGAAAAGUUGAAUGUAGCAUAUUUUGAAUGUGUA